CCGCUCGCACAGGCGAAGGCGCCAAUCAAACGCAGCACCCCGACGGUGGCGCACGGCGGAGACGCACGACGCAACCCCGCCGCUCCAUUUCCCAUUUUUAUUCUCUAAUUCACCAUUUUUUUUCCGAGGGGGGAGACGUUCCAUCGAGACUCUUUAUACUUCUCUCGCUCCCUCCAGCGCAAACAAGCCUGGUAGAAAACAAAGUUACCGAGAUAAUUUUUUGUUUUGGUCUGCGCGCGUAAAAAAAGUGUGCGAAAGAGGAGCGAGCGCGGAGUGUGCAGCCUGGCUGGUGUGGCUGCGGUGACAGUAUGAGCCCGAGUGGACGGCUGAGGGGAACAGGCUGGCCGGCUGUGGUCUUCCGCGGAGAAGCAGCGCGGAUUUAAUGCGAAUUCAUGUGGACUUUAUCGGAGCGCAAAGGUGGAACGACGAACGGACCAAGGGACUGACUGAUCAUGGUCGCCGUGGUCAGCUCUCUCAUGGUUCUGCUGCUGGCUGAGGUGUUGAUGGAAGGCGCGACGGGGCUCAUCCCUGAGGUGGGCCGGCGGAAGUACAGCGACUCGGGGAGGCAGAGCCCGCAGCAGUCGGAAAGCUUCCUCAACGAGUUCGAGCUGCGACUCCUCAACAUGUUCGGACUCAAGCGCAAGCCGGCGCCGGGCAAGCACGCCGUGGUGCCGCAAUACAUGGUGGACCUCUACCGCAUGCACUCGGCAAACGGCGACCAUAGCACCAGACGGCCCAAGAGCAUGGGGAAACACGCCGAGAGGGCGGCCAGCAAGGCCAACACGAUUAGAAGCUUUCACCACGAAGAGUCUAUGGAGGCCCUGGCCAGUCUGAAAGGCAAAACCACCCAGCAGUUCUACUUCAACCUCACUUCUGUCCCUGAGGAGGAGCUCAUCACCUCCGCAGAGCUUCGCAUCUACAGGGAUCAAGUCCGGGGAAUCCCUCCCCCCAGCAACAGCAGCAACAGCUCGACUGCGGCAGGCUUUCAUCGCAUUAACAUUUAUGAGAUAUUCGGGGGCCCUAAAACUCACAGUGGGGAACCUCUAGUUCGCUUACUGGACACUCGGCUUGUCCAGGACUCUUUGAGCCGAUGGGAGAGCUUCGAUGUCAGCCCUGCUGUGUCUCAGUGGACCACUGGGAAGGGCCAGAACCACGGCUUCAUGGUGGAGGUGCACCACCCAGAGGACCGGGGGGUGAACACCGAGCACACCCGGAGUAGUUCUAGACACGUUAGGGUGAGCCGGUCCCUGCACCAAGACCAAGACUCGUGGUCUCAAGCAAGGCCCCUGCUGGUGACGUAUGGCCACGACGGCCGCGGAGACUCUGUGCUGCACACGCGGGAGAAGCGUCAGGCGGCAGUCCGCAAGCAGCGCCGGAAGCACCAGCACAAGGCCAGUUGCAAGAGGCACGCCCUCUACGUGGACUUCAGUGACGUGGGCUGGAAUGAAUGGAUUGUGGCGCCCCCUGGCUACCGCGCUUUUUAUUGUCAUGGGGAUUGUCCCUUCCCUCUCGCAGACCACCUCAAUUCUACCAAUCACGCCAUUGUGCAGACGCUGGUCAACUCGGUCAACUCCAACAUCCCCAGAGCUUGUUGUGUGCCCACUGACCUAAGCCCCAUCUCUCUGCUUUACCUGGACGAAUACGAAAAGGUCAUCCUUAAAAACUACCAAGACAUGGUUGUGGAGGGAUGCGGCUGUCGGUGAGAAAGGGAAAGUGGAACAAGAGAAGCGCCCAAAAGGACUAAAAGAGACAUCAAUGGACACCCGGUUUCCCAAUGAAGACAUUAUUUAUAUGAACUAAACAGAAAACUAUCCUAGAAGAAGAGAAAAACACUGAAUAUAUUUAUGUCUAUGUAAAGUUGGGAAAUAAAUAUUUUAAUCAGA